AGUUGCCGUUUCGUCUCGUCUCUGACUGGGCGCGCCGUCGGAGGCUCGUCUGGUUAACCGAGAGGGAUCUGAUACUGGAGUGAACGGCGUCUGUACAGAGGGGAGCUGAGAAUACUACACAGAUCACGACUCUCGGCAGACCAUGGAGCUUCCAAGCACGACCCGUCUUCCGUCGCCGAUGAGUUUUACCACAGCGCCACCUACCGCGGACACGGCGGCGCCCUCGGAGCCAGUUUCGGACGCGUGCAUGCAGAUGGCGCUGGGGCGGAUGUGUGAGGCUCGCUACCUGCGUGAAAUGGAGUCGCUGCACAGCACCGCCUCGUGGUACGGCACCGUGUACGCCGUUCUGGUCAUCACCUUCUACGUCGUGUUCUGUCUGGUGCUGCUGCUGCGAUCCCGGACCAGCCUGAGCUACAGUGCGAGAGGAAACCUGCAGGCUUGCCGCGUGGUAUCCCGACCUCCCUGCAACCGACGCGCGGCCGCAAGAGAUGUCACAAACGACAGCAGUUUCUCUACGGAAUCUGCGCUGAUGAGCGAACCGAGCUGUUCGUCCCAGGCGCCGUCCCGACCCAGGUCAACCGCGCACCCCUGAAGGGGUGCAGCUUUGAGGGGAAGGGAGCGAACUAACCGUCGUUCUGUUAUCGGUGCAGUGCUAACUUUAAGAAAAUAUGCUGGUGAAUGGUCAUAAAAGUGAAAAACACAUGCAGGGAGGUUCACUCUCUUCAGAAGAAAUUUAUGAGUGUGUGAGUCGUUCGGACCUUGCGAGGCGGCUGAUCGUUAGGUGUGUGACUGUGUCACAUCUCAUGGUGUCACACCCGUCAUACAUUCAGGUAUAGCGUGCAGUGUUAUUGGUGUGUUGUCCAGUGUCGCUGGUAUUACUUGCAUGACAUUGACAUGCUACGUGCAGUGUCAUUCGGCGAAUAAUAGGAAGCUAUAGUGUCCCGCGUCAGGUCAAGUCCAGAUGGUGAGCCGAUGAGGCCUGAGAGUCUUGAUGAUUGAGUUUACUGUAAGUAACUGACAUGACUGUUAUUUACAGCCAAUCAGUUCAUCAUCUUGCAUUCGUCGAUAAAACUCUUGUGACAAAAGCUUUUUCUAUGACGAAUGAGUCUUCUAGCAUACUAUGUAGUAUAAUGGUAAAGUAUUGGUUUUGUGGUCUCUAGCAUG